AUGGAUUGAGAUAUUUGUAUAUCGUGGCCACUGUGUUUCAAUGUCGUAUUCUCAUGCUGACAAAGACAGUGUAAAUCGCCCACAAACCGGCUCAUAAAUUGAUCGAGGAGUUAAAUUGGAUCAAUAUAUUCAUUGCAUCGUCAAGACCAAAAACGUCGCAUUUAACGCCUUGUCUCAAUUUCAAAAUGUUCACCAUGAAGAAGCUCCUGCUCGCGUGCGUUGUUUUUGGCGCCUUAUUGGCCUUCCUUCUUCACACACCUGUCCCGGAUGGGCUGACGGAACCUUGGAAAUAUCGUCUGCUGAUAGCUACCAUGACAGUACAGGAUCUAUUGGCCAAGACAAUUGCCUAUUUUCAAUCAGACAUUCCACACGCGUACAUCCAAGCAUCCAGGUCCAUCAUUUCCCUGACCAACAUACCUUCACCUGCAGAGGUCAAGGGGUCAAACAUCAGGUCAAGGGUCACGACAUUCGAUGGAGUAAGGGUACGCCUGUACGAACUUAUCAAGAAGAAAGAAUUUCUUCAGCCGGCUUUGAUAUACAUUCACGGGGGAGGAUAUGUACUCAAUUCACCCGAUACCUAUGACAGGCUUACGAGGGAUUUAUCAGAGCGUCUCAGUAUGGUCGUAGUCUCAAUCAACUAUCGUCUAGCCCCUGAGCAUCAUUUCCCUGCUGGGCACCUAGACUGUCUUCAUGCCACGUCUUGGUUCCUGCGCAACGCUCAAGACUUCGGCGUAGAUGCCAAAAGAGUAGCCAUCUCUGGAGACAGCGCUGGUGGAAUCUUCAGUGCCACCGUGUCACAGGUCAUUCAUGAUGACCCAACUCUUCCAAACUUAAAGCUACAGAUCUUGAUUUACCCUGCCACCCAGACCUUGGACUUUUUAACCCCAUCCUACCAGAAGUAUGACCAGGACUUUGGUGGGGGUGUUCUCCCUAGGAAACGCGUUGUGGCAUUCCUCAGCAUGUACGAUCUGGGGCGAUUGGACCAACUCUACAUGCAGCAGGUACUGUCCAAUGAGCACAUCUCCAAGGAAUUCAGGUUGAACUCUCCACUUAUGGGCUAUGUGGAUCAUGGUGUCAUUCCGUCCGAGCUACGCAAGGAAACUCGAACCUACAUCCCUCCAAAGCAAGGCCUCGGGAACGAGUCUCUAUGGCGUCAGGUCAAAGGCAAAUAUCUUGAUGCACGCUUUAAACCUCUGAUUCGUGAAGACCUAUCGGGACUUCCGCAAGCAUUUGUUGCAACGUGUGGUUUUGAUAGCGUUCGAGAUGAUGGAAUCUUCUACGCGAAGCGACUGGAGGAGGCGGGUGUGAAAACUCAUUGGAAACAUUACCCUUCUGCUUUUCAUGGUGUGAUGUUCAUAAACAAUUUCUUUUGGUUUCAAGUUGGGGAAGAAAUGAGGAAGGAUAUUGUAGAAUUUGUCCAAAAUAAUGUCUAGGAAGUUCUUUAGACACCUAUUGAGAAGACUGUUGAUGACAAUGAGCAU